AUGAGUUAUCUGACUAGCUUAUCCAGCCCAAAGCUUGUCGACGAUAUCACGAUCGUUCCAAAUAACUUCAACUGGACGCUAGAGAAAACGCAGGCACCUCCAUAUAAUCUCAAUAGCGUCCCAGCAAAUUAUCAGGGCGUUCUAUCUGAGCAAAAUGGAGCUGAUAACUCCUUACAAGUGAACAGCACAAUAGCCAAUUGCAGCGGGAUCGAGGUUUCAAGUUGGCAGUUUACAUCACUAUCCUACAACACCACUUCAAAUUACAACGCAACCAAUUUCACGAACCCAGUUAUCAAUCUCCAAUUUGAUGGUCAGACUGCAAACUUGUCCAUGAAGGGAUACGCUAGUGUGAUGCCUGAGUAUAAGACAGGGCCGGUGUACCAGGAAGGGUGUGUGGCUUUUGCGGGUGAAUUUACCAUCACCUUUUCAGGAGUUAUCGACCUCUACCAUUCAGAUGCACUAAGGAACGAUACGGCCACUCCCACAUGA